UUUUUUUAAAACAUACUUUGGAACAAUAACAAAAUAAAGAAUACCAAAUAAUUUCACAGGAACAUGAAAUUUCAUGUUCAAUCAUUCAAUGCAUACCUUCAGGUAAAAUUUAAGAAAAAACGCUUAAAACAACAUUCUUCCUUGGAAGAAUCUAGAAGCUAACAAAUCACCAUUUGCUAACCUAAGCGAAUCAAAAUGGGGAUUAAAGACUUAUGGACCAUUUUUAAUCCUUUCUGUGAUAAAAGACCAUUAUACGAACUUCAAGGCAAAACUGUAGCUAUUGACUUAUCUGGUUGGAUAUGCGAGGCUCAAACUAUAAGAGAAUACCAAGGACAACCGAGCCUGUACCUGAGGAAUUUAUACUUUCGUACCUGUUGUUUAUUACUGCUGGAUGUGUUGCCAGUAUUUGUGUUAGAGGGAGAAGCACCAAUGUUAAAAUAUGACACUAUCGCAACCCGUAAUGCAAAACAAUCAAAACCAAAGACUAGGACUCGAAUCAAAAAAGAUUCCAAUUUGUUCCUUAACCAUUGUGAAGAUCUGCUCAGACAUAUGGGUCUUGCCUGUUUAAAAGCAAAAGGGGAGGCCGAAAGCCUGUGUGCUGCCUUAAACGAAGACGGGUUAGUUGACGGAUGCAUCAGCCAAGACUCCGAUUGUUUCGCUUAUGGGGCCAAAAAGGUUUACAGGAAUUUCUCGAUUUCCACACAAGGGGACCACCAAUCUGCCAGUGGUGGGUCUGUGGACGUUUAUGACAUUAGAACAAUUUGUGAUGGAUUGAAAGGAUUACUUACAAAUUUUGGUCGUAAUAAAAUCGUUGCCAUGGCUUUACUUCUGGGCUGUGACUACUCACCUGGUGUCAAUGGUAUUGGCAAAGAGUCUGUAUUAAAGUUUUUCGAUACAUUACCUGAUAUCCAAGUUUUCAGUAGGUUAAGAUUAUGGAGGACUGACGCUGCAAAAUUCAACCAUUACGAGGAAAAACUAAACAAUCAAAAUAUUUGCAUCACAUGCGGACAUGAAGGGAAAACGAAUAUACAUUCAAGAAACGGGUGUGUGGCGUGUAAAACUAAACAAGGCUGCACUGAAAACGCUGUGCAUAAAAUGACACGUGCGGCCAUGAAAAAUGAAAUUUUUAUACGCAGUAGGGCUAUUCAAGAUCCGAAUUUUCCAGAUCAGUCAAUUAUAGAUGAAUUUCUGAAGAGAAAAGAGGAGAUUAAGCACUUGGAUUUGAAAUGGAAGCAGCCGAAUUUAGUGGGGUUUGUUAAAUUCACCAAACGGCAUUUGAAUUGGGACGAAGUUUACUCAGUAGGAAAGAUCGUCCCACUUUUAACUAGAUGGCAAUUGAAACAUCCCAAUUUUUUUCAACUUGGAAACUUCAAAGGCUAUUUGGUACCUAAGAGGAUUAAAAAGGAGCGAUGUCCAAGAGGUGUGCCGAGUUACGAAAUAAGUUGGUCGGAUCCCGACGGAUUUUUCAAGGGAAUCAUCUCGGACGAACAAUAUAAAAGAAAAAACGUCGAUCGGGAAAAACUGUGGUCCACAGUAGAGCCGCAACCCUUGGUUGAAGCCGCUUUUCCGGAACUGGUGGACGACUAUAAAAAAUCGAAAAUUAAACCCAAAAAGCCGAGGAGAAGGAGAAAAAUAAGUGCUAAAGCAGUUGAUGCAGUUACAGCCCAGUUGGGUAAUAUUUCGAUAACGGAACCCGUAUCAAAUGUCGACCCCAGUAAUGAAUUAGGUGCUAAAAAGCGAAUUCAGUUCUCGUUCGAACCCGACAAGAAAAAACAUAAAAAAAAUCCUCAGAGAGAUUGGUCUCAGUUAGAGGAGGUGCAAGGAAUACAGCACCCAGACGAUUUAAGGGAUUAUUUGGCGUAUAGCGAUAAUUUAGUAAAAAAAGCGGUACAAGAAAACCCCCCUCAAGUAUCCCAAGGAACAAGGCGGAAAUGUCAAGAUAAUUUUUUGAAACAAGCGGUUAUAAACUCGUACGCCACCCAAUUAAAAGAAAUGCAACAAACCAGAAGGAAUUUGACUGAGACAAGCGAUGAUGGGCUACUAGAUCAGGCAGCCGGCGUAAAUUAUCCCAUUGACAAUAAACGUGCAAGAAAAUACGAUUUAUGGAGCAACGAGCAAGCCCUCCAACCUUCCACCUCGACAGAACCAACUUCGGAUUACAAUAACGCGUCCUUUGAUCCGAAUAUUUCUUCCUUUGGAGACGAAGACGACACGAACGUGACCGUUCUCGUGGAUAAUAUCCUCUCUAGAGGAUGCCCCGUCGAUUUUGCUGCAAUGGAACCGGAUAGUUUGAGUUCCAGUUUUUUCAUAGCGGAGCAUCAGGAGAACGACGUUUUUGAAAGUACCGUGAACGAUUUUAUUUAUGUAAGUAGCGACGAGGAGGGUGAGGGCGAGUUGGAGAACCUAAUGUUAGUAAGUGAACACCCUACCGAUGAGGACGACGGUCUUAGUAACCGGUCUCAUGAAAGUUACUGUGAUUACGAGUAUGUGCCUUUACAUGAAAGACUUAAUCCUAAAGUUGAUUAACGUGAUUUUUGUGACUGAGACAAGCGGUUUAUGGUAAAGUGGGCAAGUCUUUGAGUAAAUGGAUAGGAUAAAACUAAAAGAUUUUUUGUAGUAAAAAUAAAAUAGGAGCUGACUAUAAUAGAAGUAUUUAAAUACAAUAUAAUAUAAACUUAUCAUUAUUGUGGCAGCAUGAUUUAAGUAAGUUGUCCAAAUAAUAAAAAUAUUCACAUUAUUUGUAUAUUGUUAAUGUAAGUAAAAAUAUUACAUUGGAUGUAGACAACGACAAUUUCAUAAUUUACUUUUGAUGUGCAUAAGUUUUAUGCAUAAAAUAUUUGUUCUUUAUAUAUGUUACGGUUAGAACCCGAAAUUGAAUAAACCUAGUUUUAGCCACAACAACUUAGCUGGGUAAAACGCGAAUAAGUUUAAUGACUUCGUGUCUUAUCCGGAUAUCCUAGAUCUAUCCAGUGACCGUUGGAUAAAGCGGUACAAUUCAAAUGUAGGUACAAAAAUACUAUAUAUAAUACCUGUCCUCGCGUGAAUUUCUCAAAAAAAAUUUUUUUUCAUAAUUUUAAUACCCUCUCUCACUGGUAGGCUGGGAAGAUAAAAAUAUUUUAAGCUAAAAUAUUUGACUCAAUUCGACUUAAAAAUAUAUUUAAUUUUCCCAAAUAAAUUUUGAUAAUCAUAUAUAUUUAAUAUUAUGUAUUACAAUAUUAACGUCUUGAGGUAGCGAGGAAGACUUAAGUUGAACUUUAAUUUCAGAUUCGAACACAGCCCUAUACGGUAAUUCUUUCAUGAUAUGCCUGAUUUUUAAUUAUUUGAACGAAACUUAGUACUUUUUUGGUCACUCCACCAAAUCACAAGCAUAUUUUGGACGUCCUGAUUCGCUCACUCCACACUUCCUUGAGAUUGACUGUGUCUAGGCUUACCAUGAACAAUUUUCAGCCCGUCCCACAUGAAGCACAACUAUUCAAUAAUGCCCUUAGCAAAUUCCCGACCUAAUUAAAGAAAAUAACAUUUACCGUGACUGAUGAGCAGUGAUGAAUUUAUCCAGAACGAUACAUAAAGGUUUUUUUUAAAUUUGCUUACUAUAGUAAAAGACCUCACCCUUAUACAUCUUAUACGAAAUAUAGUAAAAAAGGAAAGUGACCAAAAUCAAAAUGACUAAUAUUCUUUUGUAUAAGUGGCAAUAUCGCAAUGUUGAAAGUAUAUUAGAUAAAUAGAACAGUAAUUAUUAAUUACCAAACUACCCGUAUAGAAAUGACUCUACUUACCGUUAUUUGACUGUAAAAUGGACGGUGCUCCAAAUGUACAAAAAAUAUCUAGUAAAUUUUUUGCAUCUUCUUCAGUCGUCUUUCACUGUAAAGGCCUAAUUUGGACGAAUUUUGUCAAGGGGUCUUGGUAGAAUAUCAAGACCUUUUCACAAAACCAUUCAUUUCAAUCAUUUCUGAAAAAAUCAUGGGCUUGACAACAAGACCUUUUUUAAUAGAUUUCUGUUUCUUUUGACAUGCCACACACAGGUAUAUUUGAGGUAUUUCAUGAUUAUUUCCUGCGAAAUAAAAAUUAUAUUUUUAUACUUUCUAUUAACUUUUUUAACAUAGGGUGCUUUUCGCCAAGUCCGAGAGCCAUGUGAGUCUCAUGUAGAAUAUCAAAAAUAUCUUCGGAUUUGACAAAAUCCCUUAUAUUUGUUUGACUCUCCGCAACAGGAGCAAUAAGUCUUCCAACUCCACCAAUUACACAAACGUCAAAUCUUAUCAAUCGACGAUACUGUAAAGCCGAUUUACAUUUCGCUUCCUUCGCCACUUUUACAGACUCCAAAAACUCACUAGACUGCAUAGAAUUUAUACAAGAUGUAUAUAUGUCUUUAUAUGACAUGAAUUCAAGAAGCAUUUCAUUAAAUCGCCUCUUAAAAUGCGAAGAUACUUCUAAGUCAAUCAUUUUCUUGCGCUAUCUGGAACUGAACUGCCUAAAUAUUGCACCGUGCAGUUUUAUCCAAGAAACAUUGGAAAAUACUAGUAUUAACCGGAUAAAUCUAGAAUAAAACGAUAAUUUGGACUUGAUCGUGUUCUAGCCUUUAACAUAUAUACCUAAAUAGGCAAAAUUCCUCCCCUUUACCAUAAGCCUUUGAUCUUUCUAUUUAAAGAAUGAUUUGUAUUUUUGUAUGUUUUUUACAUUCGACUUCUUUAUACAUAUUGUUUAAUGAUAAGUAUACAUUUUUAAUGCAUUA